UUAUGCUGUUCCGGUUAAUAACAGGGUUUUAGGAAUUCGAUAACUUAUCGACUUUGUAAACAAAGGGAGAUUUUUAGGAGUACUGUACGUCUCAUACAUUUGAAAUUUAUGUCAUCUUUAGCAUAAUCAUACGUAGUCUCCAAGAUUCCCCUGCAUUCAAUUGGUUGCGUUAUUUAAAGACGUCAAUAAAGGGAGAGUCCUCAAUGCAUCUCUCAUGAUGGAUGGGGACAAUCCGAAGACCCAUGGUAACCAAGGGUUAUCCCACAGCCUUCAAAACAAUGGUGCCAUCAACCUUCCUGUGUCUUCAUUCAUAUCACAGCCAGGGAGCAGUCAUGGAGACAUACAGACCAUCAUUUUACAGAUUCAGCAAAUGCUGGAGAUGCUCAGUGGACGUGGUGUCAACUCCAUGCUGGUCACGGUCGACUGCAUGGGCGACAUCAGCAUCCAGGGAUCCAACCGUGGACAGAUCUUCCUCAAAGAAAACCCUGACAUUGCAGACAGAUUCUCCAAGAUUUGCUCAGAUGACGUGUGGACGCUUCUUGGGGCACAGAAGAGGUUUCUAGAGAUUGGCCGUCAGCAGGCUGGUAACAAGUCUGGUUUCUCUGAGAAGGGGGACUACCCACUGGACUUCUCUCAUGAGAGAGGGAGUUACUUCCCUUCACAAAGUGUUCCCACAUCUGCUGUUCAGGAGAACUCAUUUGUUCAAGGCAUCUUGUCGCAGACCAACCACAAGUCAUAUCAGCCUAACACCCUCUUCCAGGGACCGUUUGGUCAGUUUGUUAACGAAAAUCGUGCAAACUCGGGUUCGUUCUUUCAGGGGGGGUUCUCACAGAGCGUGCAAUCUUCAGAUAACUAUGUCCAGUCGUCCUACAUGUCCGGUGCUGACAGUAUUAACAACAAAGACCCUUUUGUUAAUCAGCCCCUGCAGCAACCAAUGCCUGGAUCUUUAAGUUCUCACCAGAAUCAGCAAGAUAAGUCUAAUGGCAUGAGUGAGGCAGAGUUGAUCAAGGAGAUGCUAUCAGCAACGCCGGUCACGGAAGUGGUGCUGAAUGUGAAAACAAACACUGGUAGCAAUAAAGAGAAAUCCACAAAGAACAAGGCUGCGGCUAGUAGUGAGGCUGAGAAGUCCAAAGAAGGGUCAGCAAAGAAAAAGCGUGAACGACGACCGGAAACCUGGCAGCGUAAUAUUAAAAAGAAAUUAAAGACUGAAGGCAAAGCUUAUGUGAACGCAAAAGGUAAGCUUGUUCCUGCAAAGGAAAUGCGGCCUGUUGAUUGUUCGAAAUGUAAACAACGGUGUACAGAUAAGAUUUCUGAGGAUACGAGGAAGAAAAUAUUUGACUGGUUCUGGAAAUUAGGUUCGUACACAGCUCAAAAAGAGUUUGUAGUAUCGCGAGUAACACAGGUGGCAACAAGGACGAACAAAAGACGCUCCGUGCAUAGGCUUUUCUCAUUUGAAAUAAAUGGCAAGUAUGAGUCUGUUUGCAAACCGUUCUUUUCUGGUACACUUGGUAUUGGUGAUAGCUACAUUUACAAGGCCUUUGAACAGAAGGCUCGAGACUUGUUCGUGCAAGACGGCCGCGGAAAACAUGCGCCGGUCAAUAAAACUUCUCAGGAACAGGUGGAGGUGAUGCAUGCCCACCUUGACAGGCAUCUCUCUGAGUAUUCCACUGACAAAGCCCUGCCAAAGAACAUCCAUGCAGUUAAAUGGUACGAGGAGUAUUUGGCUCUGUGUGCCUCACAUGACAAGAAACCAGUGUCCAAGCAUAUCUACCGAAAAAUCUUCCAGGAGUACACAAGGAAGUUUCCAAAUCCGACAGAGAAAAAAAAGAGUGACAUUGAUGGAGAUGAUCCGGCUGUUGGGCUUUCUCAGGCUCUGGUUUCCGUGUCCAGGGAGACUCUGGCAGCUAUCAAUGGGCAGAUAGGUCUUUCCCAGUAGCUGCAAUUUAAUUCAAGUAAAAAUCAUUAAAUUAUCAUAAAACUGUAAUGGUCUUAAACACAGAAAUAGCUUGACUUUGUUUUAAUGUUGAGUAGGACAUUUAUUUGAUGAUGUUCAAAUAAUGAAUUUACCAGGAAGAGUGUAAUAGUCUUAAACAAAUCGAAAUGUUUGAACUUUGAGUAGGAGAGCCAUUAAAAAAUCAAUCCACAUUUGCUAUGGAAUCUUAAAUUAAGUCCAUGGGUUGUUUUAUAUAUUGGAUCAGAUUUUUGUUAAAUUGCUGUAAUGAAAAAUCUGAAAGCAUUUGUUCACAUGUUUUCAUAUUUUGUUCUUCCAAAUUUUGAUUUAAAUGAUGUUAUUAUCAAUUUUGUUAAUGAUCCUAUCUAACCAAAUACUUGAAAUGCAUUUGUAUAAAAACUAUUACUGAGCUUAAAGUGAAAAUUGAGAAUUCAGUGUUGUAUAUUAUUUAUUUGUAGUAAUUGAUGUAUUGUUAUGUAUGAAAAUUAAAAAAGGACAGAUUUCAAGAGUUAAAAAUAAGAAACAGCAUUGCCCAAAAAGGAGAAAAUUAUUUAAUAAAGGUAUGGUACAGCAAGAAGUUAAUCAUACUGCUAUUUGUACACUGAAUUGUGAUCUGAGAAGGUUCAGUUGAAACUUGAGAAAUGUAUCAUAUGAGCUUUGUCAUGCGUAAAUGGGUGUCAUGCCAUAUUUGGCCAGGGUAACUCCAGUCUAGCAAGGAGCUACCAUGUCUAUAAGUCAUGCACGUUUUUUAUUCUCGUAAGCGGACUGCGUAGGUGCCCCACCACAAUGAGGCUGAUUUAAGUUAAUGUUCAGCAAAUACACACUGAGAUGUCAAUUUUAGAAGAGCUUUUUUUCUGCCUUUUUUUUAUUGUUAAAAUAUGGGAAGUGGUACAAUAGUUGAUGUACUUGUACUUAAUAUUUUUUGUAUGUACAUUUUGAUGUGUGCAAAACUUGUCUUCAGAAAUUGACAGAAAUUCUUAUAGUGUCCCAGAAAAUAUCCACAUAUACAAACAAAAAAUGUAAGCUGUUUCAUGGAAAAUGGGUGUUAUGCGGCAUGUGGCCAGCAUAGCUCCAGAUUAACUUGCACAUUUACAGUCUGGUCAGGAGCUACUAGUCUGCUGUAUUAUUAUGCAAAGUUGUAUGCAAUCCAUGAAAGCCAUUUCACAGGUUACAUUUAAUAUGGAUACUGGCUACUUUUCCCACAAAAUAUCAAAUGGAAUGGCGAAAAUACACCUGUUUUAUUGCUUAGACGCCGGCUACUGUGAAAAUAUAACUGGCUUAUUAAAUGUUUCUGGAGAACACUGUGUAUGGUCUCACAGUAGCUCUGGUCUGGAGUUAAACUCGUCCCAUGUGGCAUAAAACAUAAGGCAUAAGAUUUUUUUAUGUUCGUAUUUCUGUUGCUAGCUUUUAAAAAUAAUGUCAUCAGUGGAUAAACUAUUAUGUGUCAAUACAGCUCCUGUCUGAAAUAGACUUAAAGAAAUGCAGUUUGUUAAAAUAUUAUACAGAAUGUAUUUGUUUUUGGUGAAUAAGCAUAUUAUCAUAUGUUUUUGUGAAUACAUCAGAGGCCACAAAGUCUAUGUAACUAAAUAAAUUUAAAACUGUUCCAAACAAGUAUUAAUGCAUAUGAGCUGUGCUCUGUGAAAAGGGGGUUAAAUGCAUGUGCUUAAAGUGUGGUCCCAGAUUAGCCUGUGCGGACUGCAGGGGUGGUACUUUCUUGAAACAAAAAAACCCCAUAAAAGCAGAAAAUGUUGUCCCUAAUUAGCCUGUGUGGACUGGACAGGCUUAUCUGGGAUGACACUACACACUUGCAUUAAACCCAUUUUUUCACAGACCAUGACCCACAUGAAUUGAACCCUCAAGUGGGCUGGUGAACAUUUUCGUCAUAUCUAUUUUGGUCAGUUUUAUUGACAUUAAUUAUAAUGAAUCCAGUUGUUAAAGAUAAUGCAAUUACAUAUAAAAACAUUAAAUAAACCUCAAUAUGGCACAUUCUUGUAAAAAUCAUUUGUAUGCAUACUAAUUCAUUUACUUUUUGCUCGAGAAGUUUUUGCUUGAUAUUUUAAUUACAUGUACACUAUUUUUUUAUGAUUAAACAACCGUCUUCAAUCCAAUUUUACACUUAAGAAAAUAUAUGUUUGUGUUCAGUGAAUGCCAAAUGUAAGAACAUGUUCUGUCAUAGGUUGCUACCCUUAGUACAGAAAAUAUAAUAUGAAGUCAGAACGUAGUUAAAUAUUUCUGAAGCUAUUGCUGUGUAAUGAACAUACUGUAUUUGUAAUUUUUUAUCAGCCCAACUGGUUUGGAAAAAUGUGUAACGUUAAUCUACUGCAUGUAUUUCUCAUAUUUCUCGUAUAAAAUAUGUAUUAAUUUAAAUUUUGUUGUUAAGUGAUUUGUACUCUAUUAAAAAUGUGUGCUUUGAUUUUACAAUAGGCUUUAAGGUUGCAUGUAAAUAUCAGGUGUUGUUACUUUAUCAGGUAAUUCGAGGGAUAUGUUCUUUUAUAGAUAAAUGCAAUCUGUAUUAUAAGUCAGUGUGUAUAUUGCAUUAUUUUGUUUAAGACAAUACCACUAUUUUUCAAUUUGAAUGUUGAGAAAUAGUUUUAUUUGUACCAUGAUCGUAAUGUGAGAAACGCCUGGGUGAUAAUCCUGUAUUAGAGAACAUUAUUCUUCCCCAAGAAAGUUAAAGAGAAAGUUUUUAUUUUAUCCACAUAACUUAACUACUUAUACAAUUGAUGCUUAUGGCCUUUAGUGUUUCAUUCAUAUAACCAAGCAUCACUUUGAUUUUUUGCUAGUGUCUUCAUUAAGAAUAAUAAAUGAUGUAUUUACAUACAAAAUUAGCAGUUUCUAUUGGAUAACUAGUUUUAAUUUAUUUAUUUAGCAUCAGCAAACUUACUUGAAUCCUUCAGUACUGACUUAUACAGGCUAUGUGUACUACAAUUUCUUAUCCAAUCAUAUUACCCCAUCUUUUAUAUGGACCCUGUGUGGACUGAAUACAUGUAUGUUGAAUAAUUCAAAUAAUUUUUUGGACGCAUUGCUUAUAUAAGUUUUGUAUAACUGUACUCUUUGGUAAGAUUUUUGUCUUAGCAUUUGCCUGUACUUUUAUUAUGCCCCCCUUUGAAGAAGAGGGGGUAUAUUGUUUUGCUCAUGUCCGUCCGUCUGUCUGUCCGUCCGUCCGUCCGUAUGUCCAUCCACCAGAUGGUUUCCGGAUGAUACCUCAAGAACGCUUAGGCCUAGGAUCAUAAAACUUCAUAGGUACAUUGAUCAUGACUUGCAGAUGACCCCUAUUGAUUUUGAGGUCACUAGGUCAAAGGUCAAUGUCACGGUGACCCAAAAUAGUAAAAUGGUUUCCGGAUGAUAACUCAAGAACGCUUAGGCCUAGGAUCAUGAAACUUCUUAGGUACAUUGAUCAUGACUCGCAGAUGACUCCUAUUGAUUUUGAGGUCACUAGGUCAAGGUCACGUAGACCCGAAAUAGUAAAAUGGUUUCCGGAUGAUAACUCAAGAAUGCUUAUUGGAUCAUUUAACUUCAUAGGUACAUUGAUCACGACUUGCAGAUGACCCCUAUUGAUUUUGAGGUCACUAGGUCAAAGGUCAAGGUCACUGUGACCCGAAAUAGUAAAAUGGUUUCCGGAUGAUAACUCAAGAACACUUACGCCUAGGAUCAUGAAACUUCAUAGGUACAUUGAUCAUGACUCGCAGAUGACCCCUAUUGAUUUUCAGGUCACUAGGUCAAAGGUCAAGGUCACGGUGACCCAAAACAGUAAAAUUGUUUCCGGAUGAUAACUCAAGAACACUUAUGCCUAGGAUCAUGAAACUUCAUAGGUACAUUGAUCAUGACUCAUAGAUGACCCCUUUUGAUUAUCAGGUCACUAGGUCAAAGGUCAAGGUCACGGUGACUCAACUUAGAAAAAUGGUUUCCGUAUGAUAACUCAUGAAUGCUUACCCCUAGGAUCAUGAAACUUCAUAGGUACAUUGAUCAUGACUCGCAGAUGACCCCUAUUGACUUUCAGGUCACUAGGUCCAAGGUCACGGUAACUCGGACACAGUAAAAUGGUUUCCGGAUGAUGACUCAAGAAUGCUUACGCCUAGGAUCAUGAAACUUCAUAGGUACAUUGAUCAUGACUCGCAGAUGACCCCUAUUGAUUUUCAGGUCACUAGGUCAAAGGUCAAGGUCACGGUGACUCGACACAGUAAUUUUUUUUCCGGAUGAUGUCUCAAGAAUACUCAUAGGCCUAGGAUCAUCAAACUUCAUAGGUACAUUGAUCAUGACUCGCAGAUGACCCCUAUAGACUUUCAGGUCACUAGGUCCAAGGUCACGGUGACUCGGACACAGUAAAAUGGUUUCCGGAUGAUGACUCAAGAAUGCUUAUGCCUAGGAUCAUAAAACUUCAUAGGUAAAUUGAUCAUGACUCGCAGAUGACCCCUAUUGAUUUUCAGGUCACUAGGACAAAGGUCAAGGUCACAGUAAAAUUGUUUCCGGAUGAUGUCUCAAGAAUACUCAUAGGCCUAGGAUCAUCAAACUUCAUAGAUACAUUGAUCAUGACUGGCAGAUGACCACUAUUGAUUUUCAGGUCACUAGGUCAAAGGUCAAGGUCACAGUGACAAAAAACGUAUUCACACAAUGGCUGCCACUACAACUGACAGCCUAUAUGGGGAGCAUGCAUGUUUUACAAACAGCCCUUGUUUACAAGUAUGUUGAGUCUUGUUAGUAGAAAUAAUUGAACAAUAAACUUUAACAUGUU